AUGUCAGUUCAGUGUCGUACGAUUGGAGAUGAUGUAACUGGUAUUUGGCCAAAAGAUGUAAAAAAAGAUCAUAUUAAUUGUGCCCAUGCUGUAUCAUCAACAAUUGUUACUGGUGACGAUAAUGGGGCUGUUAAUUUGUUUAAGUUUCCAUGUCCAGAACCUGGAGUAAGAAAUUUUUGUUUUCAUAAUAAUUUGUUGUUUUAAUCAAUAAUAAUUUCUAGGCGGAACAUAAAACAUUUUAUGGUCAUUCAGAUAACGUAACAAAUGUUCGAUUUCUCUCUAAUGAAAGAGAUUUAGUUAGU